AGGGCUUAGAGUCAGGACCGCGACCGGCGUUCCUGGCAAAAUUCGCUCCCAUCUUGGACGAGCUGCAGGACGACAGUUCGAUCGUGCAAGGGAGUUGUUGCUGGGCACAGAUGAGGAAUGGCAACAAACAUGUCGGUGAAAAGCUUCGGAUGAAGGGCCUGCCAGCCAUUUCAUACUGGGACAGGGCUGAACUGACAACUUUAGCCACAUCAGAGCGGCCGUGGAUGGAUUUCAACCCCUUGCGCAGCGAGCCGCAUGCAGUACAGGCUUUGCAGCACCAGUGGGCGAAUCUGAGAUUCAUUAGGUAUGCCUUGAAUGGCGCCGACGAUGUUUGCAAGUUUCAGAAAUGGAGAGGCUGCACAGAAGAUCACCGUUCCAUCACCAUGGGAAGACCUGGCUUUACCAAGCAGGUGAUUGAUGGUGCCAGAAGACAAAGGACAGCCUGAGAUGUCGGAGGUCAAGCAAAAGGAACUUCCAGCACAGUGAAGUCAGAAAUGUGCGAUGUUUGUUGUGAAACAGAUCCUGAAAUUCCUUUGCAACACAGGAUACUUUAUUGUCGGUCCUGAACUUCCAGACAUCUCUUCUACUUCUGUGCGAAAGGCGCUCCAAGAGGAACACGGAAAACCUCCAGAGGAAGCUCUGGAACGACUGACGGGCCUUCUUCAUCCAAGAGUGGCUGCGUGGCUCCUGAGAUCAGAGAUUUAUGCGCCGCGAAUGUGUUGAAA